CACAAAAUCACCCCGUUCUUCUCCUGAGAGAGGCAGUAUCUAGUCAGGACCUUCAUUUGUCUGACUUUCAGACAGAACCGGAGAGGUUUUGCCUGAGCGAGCCCAGACCGAACGCUGGAGCAGCCUCUUGUCUGUUUUUGACAUUUAUCAGCGUUCCUGCGGAGCGGGACGCACACACUUCUUGCGUCGCUGGCAAAUCCCACAGCGCUUGAGAAAAGAGCGGAAAUAUUUGGCCUCGCAAAACCGCCUGAAACCAGUGGUUUCAGCCAUGAGACUGUAUCUGAUCCUGGCGCUGUUCGUUUGCCUGACCUCCAGCCUCGCAAAAGACCAGGGACGUCCCAUAGUGCAAGGUAGAAGACGAGGCGUUGGACCAAAACGAGCGCGGAAACAGACUGUCCUCCAGCAGGAUGGGACGACAGAAAGCAACAGACAAGCUGGAUCUGUUUUCGUUGGGUCUUACAGGAACACAGAGGAGCCGAAGCCAAGCUACCAAGUGGCGCCAGUAAAUGCAGGAAAGUCCGAGCACUGUGUUUUUCGGGGCAUCACCAUGUUUGACAAAACGGUGUGGUCACCAAAACCCUGCGUGACCUGUAUAUGCACCAGUGGAGAGGUGGUGUGUGACCAAAUAAAGUGUCUUGCCCUACAGUGCCACCUUAAAUUUCAACCAAUCGGACAGUGCUGCCCAAUUUGCAUACAACCAGUCGCAGAUGCUCCUGAGUUUUCCGGUCACUCCCCUAUUCCCGACAUUCUGGCCGAGGCCGAUAACAGAAUUUCACAAAGCCAGCUGGCCAAAAAAGAAAUCCAGAAGAAUGACAAGAAGGAACGUAACCACAAAAAAGACGCCGAACGCAAGCGGAGAAAGAAGCAGAAGAAAGAGGAAGCCGAACGACGUAGGAAGUUAAAAGAGAAAGCCGCUACAGAAAAAGAAGAAGCUCAGAGGAGGCAGCGAGAGAAAGAGGAGGAGAAAGCGGCGGCCGAGGAGCGGAGGAGAAGGAUGGAGGAGCAUCGGAGGAACGAGGAGGAGAGGUCUCGUGUGAUGGAGAUGGAGCAGAGGGAGAUGCUGAGGGCUCUGGAGGAAGCAGCCGAACGUGCUCGGGAAGAGCUCAGAGGAGACGAAGCCGCAGAGGAAGAUGUUGUUUGGUUAAGAGGGGACGUUUUUCAAAUGCCACCAAAGCAGCCCACGGCAGCACCGGGCCCACCUUCUCUCCCACCUGUCCAGGAGCCAACAGAACCAGAUUAUGACGAAUCUGAACCGGCUGUGGAUGAACCCGAGAGGGUUACCACCCUGCUCCCUCCGGGAUGUACUAUCUCCGAUGUCAUCAUCACUUGUGAGAAUGCGAAACUUACAGGCAUACCUCCACUUUCCAUCCCCGAGCUAAAAUCGCUCAACCUGCAGGGCAAUGAAAUCAAAACCAUCCCUACUGGAGCGUUCAACGGCAUUCCCAACCUGGAGUGGAUCGACUUGGGGAAAAACAAGAUCUCAUCAUCUGGCAUCGAUCCACAAUCAUUUAAAGGUCUUAAAUUCCUGUCUCGCUUGUACAUGGAUGGAAACCUCCUGGAACAGAUUCCCGCCGAGCUCCCGUCGACGCUCCAGGAGCUGAAGGUGAACGAAAACAAUCUAAAGGAAUUAGAGGCAAACAGCUUUGAAGGUCUGAGUAGUCUGGUCACUUUGGAAAUGGAAGGAAACUUGCUCAGUGAAGGAAAUGUGAAUCCGCUCGCCUUCAAACCUCUUAAAGAGCUGACUUACCUGCGACUGAGCCGAAAUCAUUUCCGUACAAUUCCUCAGGGCCUACCUGCAUCUCUACAGGAGCUGUACGUGGAAAACAAUCUCAUUGAAGAAAUCUCCGAAGCGGUUUUUAACGAAACCACGAACAUCAACGUUGUUGUGCUACAUCACAACAAGUUAGACGAGUCGAAGAUUGCGCCGCUAGCCUGGAUCAAUCACAGAAACCUGGAGUCUCUAGAUCUCUCACACAACAGCUUCUAUCUGGUCCCGUCCUUCUUGCCCAAGUCGCUUGUUCACCUGGUGCUGGCUGGGAAUCAGAUCGAACGCAUUCCGGCAUACGUGUUCGCACACAUGGAGCCCGGCCUGGAGUACCUCUACCUCUCCUACAACAACCUGGACAGUGACGGAGUCGAACCGGAGUCCUUCUUUGGCACUUUCAACACCAUGACAGAACUCUGUCUAGACCAUAACCAGCUCCCGGCUAUUCCCGCCGGAAUAAAUGAGAUGACGAAGCUACACUUCCUCCGACUCAACAACAACAAAAUAAGGCAUGUGUCGGAAGACGCCAUCUGCGACCCCAUGAACGUCGACGAUUCCCAUCUAGUCGCCCUUCGCCUUGAGAACAACUUGCUGGACCUGCGGAAAAUCCCCCCGGCGGCAUUCUCCUGCGUUCGCUCUUAUUCCAGUGUGGUUUUAAAGCCUCAGAGAAUAAAGUAGUCACCAUCUUAACUAGUGCUGACUUUAAACUACAAACACCAAAGCAAAACACUAAUUCGAUUCUUGUGAAAUGGUGCAGCUAUCGACACAAACGACGUAAUUCUUUCCUCCCAAAAAUGCUACCGGGGAGAUUUAUCUUGCCUCGAAUCUGGCAUUUUAUUCGCCUUUUUCUACAUCCAGUCUGUUUUGUUAGCUUUUGUAAGCUCACAUGUUUAAGAUAUGAUAAGACCAGGCAAGAUCACCGCUCAGGGGAUCAUAAGAGUUGAAGUCCCGUCUAAACGUGUUUCUGUAGGUGUCUUAAGGGGAUCCAUGGAUAUUAACUGUAUAACAUUUUGGAGGAAAAUAACAGACUAUAACUCUGUAAUCUAUAUUGAGAUGUAUCUUAUUCCUUCUAUUACAGUAUUAAAUUUGAGAUGUUUGUCAUAGUGACGUUUUUGACGUGUGUUUUCUGAAAUACAUUUAUGUCCUACAAAUUAAAGCAGCCAGAUUUUCA